AUGCUCUCAAAAAUAGCAAGAGGGUAUCGAUCUUGGUUCAACCUUUCCUCUGUCCAUCUCAUCUUUAAAAAAGACCACCCAAAGCCAAUUCAACAUUACACAGAUCGUGGUCUUAUCAUCCAUCCAUCCCAAAAAACUUUUACCCCACCUCCAACUAUUUCUCUUACAUUUACUCCUCCUGAGUCUUCUUUCGUCCCUCCUCCUCCACCUUUUCACAAAGUGGUCGUCGAGAAGCCUCCAGUUGUCCCAAGAGUUGCAGUCGCACUUCGAAAGAAAAUCCCCUCCAGCAUGAAAAAAAUCGUCCCACUGCUUCACAUCCUCAAACGAAUCCACGUUGCAGACGCUGAAUACAAGCUCAUAGCUCUUUCUUACAAGAAGGCAGCUGAUUAUCUAUUACGACUAUUAAAUGCAGCCGUCCACAAUGCGACUACUCACAAAAAUUUGUCUGUCGACAGAUUAUUCAUCAAAACUAUUGAAGUAGGCAGGAAUACACCAGGGCGUUUUGUAAAAUUUCAUGCAAAAGGGCUUGCAGCACGUGGCGAAAGUGCAAGAGUGCAAGUGAGGAUCACUUUAGAAGAAAAAAGCCCAGAAGAUAUAUAUAAAAUCAUGAUGAAAGGAAAAUUCCCAGCUAUGUUGGCUGCUAAGUUAAGAAAUGACUUUUUCCAUGGAGGCUGUGAUUUAUCAGAUCUACAAGCUGAAACCAGCACUAUGACAGCGAAAGGCAGACAGCAACAGCAUUUAAUGCUUAAAAGAAAAGUGAUACAAAUAGAUAAGGAGAAUAGAAAAAAAGGGAUCAUUAUUGCAAGAGAAGAUAUAGAAGAAGCUGUAUUGGAAGAAGGCGCAAAGCAGUAUGCAGAGGAUUACUGGAGAGCCAAGAAAGAGCAGACUGAAAUGCUCUAUACCCAUAGGCAAGAGGUGUUUAAGAAUAAUGAAGGGAUUAAGUAA